UUGAUCUGAACAGAAAUAGGUAGUCAAAAACGCUUAUCAUUACUCGGCAUCUUAUAAAACUUUAAUGCUGACUGUUUCAAACAAUAAAACUGCUAAACUUAGAGAUAAAGCAUAAAAAAAUUAAAUACCCUUAUUAUUUUUACUCUCAAGAUCUAAUGCGUGGGGCAUAGUUUUUAUAUUGAGCUGGCAGGAAGUUAAACAUUUUUCUUAUUUGUUGAACAUGUAUUUAGUUGUUUGUUUCAUUGUUGUGACUUUUUGUUACACAUCAACAAUAUCUGCUACUGUUGAAGUUUUACGACCUAGAGGAGUAGCUUUGUCAAAAAAAUUGUUCUACAAUCCUGAUCAAGACUUUAGGUGCAUAGAUGGAUCAAAUAGCAUUCCAUUUCAGUUUGUAAAUGAUGAUUAUUGUGAUUGUGAAGAUGGAUCCGAUGAGCCUGGUACACCAGCGUGUUCUAAUGCCCUCUUCCAUUGUAUUAAUUCAGGGCAUAUUUCUUCAGAUAUACCAUCAUCAAGAGUAAAUGAUAACAUUUGUGACUGCUGUGAUGGGAGUGAUGAAUUCAAUAGUACAGCAGACUGUAUAAACAUUUGUAUUGAACUUGGACGACAAGCAAAGGAGGAACAACUCAAGCAAAGGGAACUUUUUGAGCAAGGUUUUGCUCUUUGGCAACAGUAUAGUGCUCAAGGAAAGCAAUUAAAAGAAAAUAAUAAAUUGCAAGUUGAAAAUCUUAAAUCAGUUGAAGUGGAGGAAGAAAGAAUAAAAGUUGAUAAGGAAGCUGUAAAAAAUAAUGCAGAAGAAAAAGAAAAAGCUGCCCUGGAUGUUUAUAAAACAGCAAAGGAUGAACAAAUGAAGAAACAUGAAGAGGAAGAAAUGCUUAAGGAUCAAGAAAAGGAAAAGAAGAAGGCAGAAGAAGCAUUUAAUGAGUUAGAUAUUAAUCAAGAUAAAGUUCUUACUUAUCAAGAGAUUCAGGAAUUUCAGAAAUUCGACAGUGAUAAGGAUGGAAUUGUUUCGGAACAAGAAGCAAAAUUUUUUCUUCAUAUGAAAGAGUUUAUGCUGCUUGAGGAAUUUGUUUCAAUUGGAUGGAUGAUCAUGAAGCCAGUUUUUGAAAGUGAUAAAGAACCAAUUACAGAACCUCCUCUUAAAGAAGAAAGCGAAAAGGAAACUGAUGAACCUGACAUUAAUGAGGCUGAGACAGCUGAAGAAAAUGAUGAUGAGCCUGAGGAAGAGAGCUUUGAAUCAUAUGAUGAGGAUGAGGCCCUGUUAAAUGAUGAUGCUGAUAAGCCACCUGUUUUUCCCCCUAAAGAGGAAGUAGAAGAAUCUAAACCUCAAGAACCUGUAUAUGAUGAAGAAACACAACAACUUGUUGAUGCUGCAAAUGAAGCUAGGCGUUUGCAUAAGGAAGCUGUAGACAAAGUGGAAAAAACAAGAGAAGAAAUUAGACGUCUUCAAGCUGAUAUUGAAGCUGAUUUUGGUAAAAAUGAAGAGUUUGCGGUACUGAAAGGUCAAUGCUUUGAUUUUGAAGAUCGAUAUUAUACUUAUAGGUUUUGUCCUUUUGAUAAAGCUAGUCAAAUAGAUAAAUCAGGAGGCUCUGAUGUUAGUUUAGGGAAAUGGGGAUCUUGGAUUGGACCUGAGGAAAAUAAGUACUCAAAAAUGAAAUAUGAAAAUGGACAGAUGUGUUGGAAUGGUCCUACUAGAUCUGUGACUGUUUUACUGCAGUGUGGUCUUGAAAACAAACUAUUAUCAUCCAGUGAACCUAAUCGUUGUGAAUAUCUAUUUGAAUUUAGCACACCCUCUUUGUGUUCUUUACAAUUAAAUAUGCCUAAUAUGCACCAACAUGAAGAACUAUAGAAAUUUUAGGGAUGAACUUAUAUAAAUAAAACUUAUUUUUGUGGUUGUAUCUAUAAAUUAAAGAAUAUAACACAAAUAGUCAUGCUCGCUAUAUAACUUUCAUAAUAACAAACAAAAAAUGUACUUUUUUAUUGUGAUAAUUCAGUUGGAAACUACUUAUUAUAAACAAGAUAUGCGAGUGUGAAUUAUAUAUAUUUUCAUACACAAGUGCUGUUACUGAACAACUUUUAAUUAAAAAAAUUUCUUUUUGGAUUUAGUUUAUUUUUGCAUAUUUUUUAAACAUUUUUUUUAAAUCUAUACCUUUUAAUGUGCUACAAUUUUAAAAAAUGUUUCUCUUAAAAAUGUAUUUAUGUUACACGUUAAAUAAAUAAUGAAACUCUUAAUUAUAUGGGGAUAAACAUAUUUAUAAUUCAAAAACUUUGUAAUUAGACAAAAUUUACUAGCCAGUCAUUGCGAUAAUCAACAAUAAAUAGGAUAAAUAAAAUUUCAAAAAUUCUAUGGGGUAAUUAAUUUAAUCUAAUUAAAGAAUUAUUUAUUCUAUUAAAUUAAAAGAACUCUAUAGGGUGCUGAAUAAGAUAUAUAUUCAAGGAAUUUGAAUCUGCAAUAAUUUUUUUUUGCAAAUAAUUUAUAAUAUUACAAAUAUGUGAGGGUAAAGGCACAUUUUAGUCAUAUUUGUUUUUUUAAAUUUUACAUCGAGGUUAGUAAAUUAGGACAUUGUUUCUAUUUCUAAGUAUUGUUAUUACAUAUAUAAAUUUACCCAAUAUCUAUCAUGUACUGUUCCUAUUCAUAUCUCUGCCUUUUUCUAUUCUNUUUUUUUUUUUUUUUUUUUUGAUCUCAUUAAAAUAAUCUGAAAAUUUGAUAUAUUGCUCAGCUUUCUUUGUGCUAUGCUUCAAGUUCGUUAUAAAAAUGUAAUAUUUAUGCUUUUGAACAUUAUGCAUGCAUUUUUAAAGAUUUAAGGUUAAAUUUGCUGCUAUAAUUUGUGUAUGUAAUUUUGAAUUUCAUUUAAACUAAAAUUUGAAACAAUUUUUUAAAAAAUAAAAUUUAAAUAUUUGUUGUAGUUUUUUGUAAUUUAAAGUUACAAUAAAUUAAAUAAUCAUCAUGUAUUGUUAUAUAUAAUUUUAAAUGUAUUAAAACCUCAAAUUUCUUUAUGUAUUUUGUGGAGUUAUGAAACUGAUGAGAGACUCAAACUUUAAAUUUUUUGAAAAAAUUGUUUCCCCCNCCCCCCCCCCUCUCAAAUUACUCUAUUUUCAAAAUGGUCUGGUUUUUUUUUGUACCCUUUAUUUUUUAAUUUAAUAACGUUUUUAAUCUUUUGUAUCUCAGAGACAAAUCUUAAUAUUGUGUUAAUUAAUGAAAUCCAGACUAAUUUGUUGAUGCUUCAACGAAUCAACAUUAAUUUUUAUACUAUUAGAUGUAUUAAUGGAGGCUUUAUCAUUUAGUAAAAUGUAGAUUGGGAAAUAAUAAUAAUCUAUCAUUUUGUGUUUUAAUCUAACUUUGAAAAGUACUCUAGAAAUAUCCAUUAAUGCGGAAAAUCAAACCUAAAAAUUGAUAAUUUUGGUGAUUCUUUAUCUAACUUAUUUGUUUCUAGAAUUUCUAAUUUGUUUAUGAUAAAGAUUAUUUCAAAAAGUUUUUUUUUUCAUAUGAGCCCCUGUGUGUGGUUCUAUCUUGCUUAAAUAUUGUCUCUGGGUGUCUUUUUAAAUUAUUAUAUAUAAUCAAUUAUUAAAGUAGUCAUCACAUUAAUUUAGGUAUUAAAUCUUCUAUGACUUACUUUCUUGGUGACUUAAAAGUUGUUAAUCUUGUUACAUUUUACAUCAUUAAUAUGUUUUAAUUUUACAGCAGCUUUUUGAUAACUUUAUUUACUGUUUGCUUUUUAUAGAGAUAAAUAUAUUUUGUAAUCAUAAUAUGUGACAGUUUAAUGUGUGUACAUAGAUAUAAAUCUUAUAUUAAAUUAAAAUAGUUCCUUUCUAUUGUACAAUCAUUUUUAGAUAGACAAUUUUUUAUGAUCAAUUAAUAGUUAACUUUGUAUGAGAUAAUAUAUAAUUUUAUCAAUAUUAUAACAUUCUAUUACAUUAUAAGUCCAAAUUGUUGGAUAAGUUAAUUUUAUAUUUAAUAAUGGUAUUGCCACUAACCGAUUCAUUUAUUGUACCUGUAUUAAUUUCAUUUGCAAUAUAAGCUCUGAUGUGAUCUGUAUUUUUAAUUAGGCUUUUCUCUGUUAUAGAAUUAAAUUAUGUUGUAUAUUUCAUGUAUGUGAUAUAGUAAAUGAAGUGUAUAUCAGGGCUCCAAAAAUUCUGUUUUUACAUGCUUAAACAUCUUUUUCAAAUACUUGUUAAUGAAGUGAUCUAAAGGUACCUAUAUGAAUCAUUUAAAAUAAUGCAUUUACCUCCUCACUUACCAGAACAACAAUUGAAAAAUGUAUUGGUAAGUAGGAAUGAAUUUUAAACAAGCUGUAGAUAUUAAUAAUAAAAAAACCAGUUCUGACAUUGUGAAAUUUCAUGAAAGAUGCAAAGCAGAUGUUAAGUUAAAGCUAAAACACAUCUUCAUAUCACUUCUCCCUUUGCUUUUACAAUUCAAUUUCAACUUUAAUAUUUGCUAUUUUUUAUGCAUAGCAUUUGAAAUAAACUUUUUUCUUUAAAUAAAGCUAGGCAUGAUUAGAGAAUUAAAAAAAAAACAUAUGAUGAAAUAGUUUAACUUUUGUUUUAUAAAUUUGAGGUUGAGGUUGCAUUUGGUCACUUUUUUAAUGUAUUUCUAAUUACAUAUUUACUCACAUCUAGCAUGCAAGACAAUAAUAUUUUUAAGGCAAUGUUAUUGUUAAACAUAAUUUUUUAUAUUUUUAUCUCUAAAUGACUCUUCUAAAUAUUUUUUUUAUCUUUAUAAUGAAUUCCUAUUCUCUAAAUGAAUUACUUUUGAGUCCUGGUAUUUAUCUUACAUGGUAUUAUUUUUUUAAAUAUUUUUUAUGAAGUAAAUUCCAUAUAAAGUUUGAAAUUCCAGAUUUUGUUCCCUUUUUUUGUCAUUGGGGACAAUAUAAUCACAUUUUAAACAGCACAUGUAGCACAAUUCUGAUUAUAAUUUUUGAAAAAUGUUAUUUCAUUUCAAUAGUUUGAAAUACAUUCAAUGAACAUUUUAUGCUUAAAAUUAUACCCGUUAAAAAUUAGUUUCUUUAAUUAUCUUAAUAUUUAAGUUAGAAUUUAAUUUUAGCAAGAGAUGUUCCAUUUAAUUAUUACUUAUGUUUGUGAUAAAGUAACAUGAUAUUUGAACAAAAACUUGUAUAUUAGAAGUAUUUAAAAUUUGCAAAAAUUUUAGUUAAAGCAGCAGUGAAAAAAUUAAAAUUCUUUCCAAACCAUUUUUCUAGAAAAAUAGCUCAUUGGCACCCCUCUUUAUUUCUAAUGUAGUUUAACAAAUUCUAGGAAAAUUUUAACUUUUUGCCAUAAGUUAAUUUUUUAGUUAUAAUUUAAUAAAGAAAAGUAGUUUUCACCAGUCAAAAAACCUGUUAUUUCUUUCCUCUUUUAAAAAUUAACUAAUUCAACAGCAAUAACCAAAUGUGAUGUAAUUUUUACAUCAAAUUUUUCACUUGAAAUUAGCUCCAUGAUAUUUUUUUCUGUCAUAAUCAUCGAAAAAUUAUAUAAAAUUUGCUUGUUAUGCUUUAAAAACAAAAAUUUAAAGCAUUACUGAAUAGUUAUUGUUUACUUCUGUUGAUAAAUAACUAAUACUGUAAUUGUUAGGGAAGUAAUUUUUCUGUGUUGAAUCUAUUUGAAAUUAAAUUUAUAUAUAUUUGGCAAAAUAUUGUUUUUUUUUUAUACAUCAAGUUGGGUUUUUUUUCUUGAUAUAUAAUACCUUUAUCUCAAUCUAAGUUUAAAAGCAUUUGAUUAGAAUUUGUUGUUAAUAUGCAAUGAUUGAACAAAAUGCUUUUUAUAAAUAAAUGAUGUUAUCAUUCCAUUUUCAA